AUGCCCACUGCAAACGCAAAAAUUGGUGAACUGAGAAUCAAGCCGGUUGACGGAACGAAAUUUCUCGGUUAUGGACCAAAAUUUGACGCACAAUUGGAUUGGAUCGACACUGGUGAUAUUGUCUCGAUUGAUGCGAACGGUAGCGUUGAGUUGAUCACCAGCAAAGAGGAUUUGAUUACUGAUAAGAACGGAAAAAUUAUCGAACACUGGACGAUGGAGAAAACAAUUUGUGCAUACGAUCAGGUCAAGGGUGCUCAGAUUAUUAGUGCGAGUAAAAACGAUUCGUUGACAGCGGUACUCGUGCUGAAGACUGCGUCUUGCGAUCAAGGCAUUGUGAAGUCGGAUAUUCAAUCACUGUGCAAAAAUAAUCAGGUUCUGAGGGUCGAAAAUGCCCACAUUCAGUGGAAGCAAAGUGCUAAACGAGUUGAAAAUUCACUAACGUAA